ACCGCGUUUAUUGUGCGUCGUCGUCAUUGCUGAGUGUCGUGAAAGAUAUCAACCCCAUCCGCAUCUUUCUCUCAUCUUUUACUCUGGGUCUCGUUCCUCCCCUUGGCCUUUUUCCCAAUAUCCCCUCACUUAAGAAAACAAUGGGCAACGAUACGUUGAGCCUCCUGUUGCCGAGGCUGUUCUUGGUUCUUUCGGCAUUGGUUGCGUUGGCUGCUGCACAAUCAGGGACGGAUUGUAACCCCAUCAAGACCUCUGGCUGCCCUCUGGAUAUAGGUCUCACCAACAAUCCAUAUGGCGUCGAUUUUACCAAAGGAACAAUGGACCAGGCUUCCUGGACGUCCGUAGGCGCCGGCUCCGUUAUCUACACCUCCCAGGGUGCCGUCCUCACUCUCUCCAAGAAGGGAGAUGCACCCACCAUCUCCACAAACUGGUAUAUCUUCUUUGGCCGCGUCGAGGUGCUCAUGCGUGCAGCUCCGGGGACGGGUAUCAUCAGCAGCGUGGUGCUUGGGAGCGAUGACGGAGACGAGAUUGACUGGGAAUUGAUCGGCGGCAACAACGACGAAGUGCAAACCAACUAUUUUGGCAAGGGGAACGUGACCUUGUAUAACCGCGGCGGGAAUUCAGCAGUGCACGAUGUGCAAGGAACGAGACACAACUAUACGAUCGACUGGCAAAUUGGUCAGUUGACGUGGUACGUGGAUGGAAAGACGGUUCGCACGCUCAAGGAAGAGGAUGCGGUCGGAGGGCUGAACUAUCCGCAGACGCCCAUGAAGCUGAGAAUAGGCUCGUGGGCUGGAGGUGACCCGGAUAAUGCGCCGGGGACAAUUGCAUGGGCGGGGGGUGUGACGGACUACACCAAGGGGCCGUUCACGAUGUAUGUUGAGAGGGUGUCGGUGACGAAUCGGUAUCCGGCGGCGAGCUAUUCGUAUGGCGACAUGUCGGGAAACUGGGAUAGUAUUGUUCUGAAGAAGGAUGACGCUGCUGAUGGGAAUCAGAGCAAAGAGGGCAUCGUCAAGAAAGAUGGGUCGAGGGGGGUUGCGUCUGCCACCAACUCCACCUCGUCGUCGUCGUCGUCGUCGUCGUCGUCGUCGUCGUCGUCAUAAAGCCAGAGCAGCCCUCCCCUAUACUACCUAUCGUCUGCCACUAUGGGAAGAGGAAAUGGCUACGUCAGACGUCUGUUCAAGGUCAGGGGCGAAUUGGUGUUCUUGCCUUUCAUUCUUUAUUUUGUCCUCUGAACUGUGAUAGACAAGUCCCGGGUCAGACUAUACGAAAGAGGAUCAAACACGGAAGCAACCUCUUUGGCCGGUCUACAGUACUGUACCUACCUAGUGCCAACACGGUUUUGUUCACUCCUUCC